AUGUCCUCCAGUGGAAGAAAGGGUGUUCUCACGAAUUUAAAUCCUUUAUUUAAUUCAGACGACGUUCAUUUUACAUUGACAACAGAUACGUUUAGGAAAUAUGUGAGAGAGGAUCUUCCAUCAAGCUCUGAAAUGUUUGUCACUUUGCACUAUGAUUCACGUAGCAUGAGUCACAGUCUCCUAUCAAGUCAUAGGAAACCCGCUUCAUCUGAAAUCAGUACUGAUUCUCGUGAUCAGAAGCUGAAGGAAAGCAAAAAGAAUAUUUACAAUUUGGUUGCAGAAUCGAGCAAAUUUAUUGUUGAAGGAAAGGAAAAUAUUAAUAGCCAUCUAUCUCCGGCUCAUAGAUAUACAGUGAACUUUUCGAAACUGUGCUCUAGCCAAGUAGGAGCAGAACAUAUGGAUUAUUAUGACUUUGAAUACAGAGAUUCGGGUGCAUGUUUUUACAGAAACUCUAUUUUUAGUUGUGGUGAUCAACAUCAAAAUUGGUUCGGUAUUAUUCCUAAUGAUGGAGCAGUAGCCAUAAGUUUAGCGAAAACAUCAAUAUAUUUCAAAUCAAAUUACAGUACAUCACUAUCAGAAGAUAAGCAAUUGAACUCAAAUGCCGCUAAUAUUUCCUGUAAAGAGAGCAGUUGCGAUAAGAAUCUACCAACUUUUGAAAAGCAGACUGAAAGUAAAAAUCAUGGGGCAAACUUGAGCUAUUUACCGGCAUGGUUGGUAAUAGUUCGACGUGAACAAGGUUCAGAUCUACGUGGUUGUGUAAUAAACAAGAGUUUAAUAGAAAACAAUAAAUCUAUAUCUUCAUUAAUCAUAAAUGAACCUAAUAUGAACAAUCCUACUAUUAAUACAAGUAAUAACAGUUUACCAACAAACUUAAUCACAACAAAUAUUACUAAUGAUAAUUCUCCAAUAACAGAAAUAUCGCUUAAAACAAGUCUAUCAACAACAAAAUCUAUAUCAUUAUCAUCAAUGAACACAACAACAACAACAAAAACGACAACAACAACUACAAGUAUAUUGAAUAAUUCACAAUUGAUAAUGAUGAAGAAAAAAUCAGCCAAAAAGAAUUCAACAAAAUUAAAUGAUACUUUAUUGAAUAUUACUGAUGAACAAUUAGUAUUGCAGUAUUUAAUAAAGAAUGAAAUAUUAUGGAUUAUUUAA